UGACGCAUUACAAGUGCGACGCUCGUUGUGUUUACGUCUAUUUACGUUCACCGGCUCCAGAGUAGCACGUUUUCACAAUGAUACGUUCAAAACGUGGGGAGACGGACCCCUACAGGAAGCAGCUGAAGUCAGAUUGUGAGUCGCUGCUCGGCCGAUUCCAGAAAACUGAGUCCGUCCGAUUCCAGGUUUUCUCUGAAAUCUGGAGGGAAUCGAACUUCACACACAUUUUCUACGGCGCCGUGAAGCACGAGAAGCGAGCGUUCAGCCGGCGGGUUCUGGAUCUGGCCUACAGCUACUUCCUGCCGCCGCUCACCUUCCAGAUCCGGGUCGGGGGUCUGUACCUGCUCUACAGUCUGUACCGGUGUCAGACCGCCUCGCCCCCGGAGCAGAUCCGCGUGGCGCUGAAGGACUGGGACGAGGUGAAGAAGUUUGAGAAAGACGCGGCGGACGCUCAGCACCUGGACGCCGUCUACAUCCUGCGGCAGCUGAGGUUCCUCAAGGCGUUCCACUUCACCGCCAUGCCAACGCUGCUCGCCUACAAGAAGAAGAGGAAGACGGAGAAGUCGGACUUGUCCGAGGAGUUCGUUGAGCGAGCGUCUCGUCCUCAGGAGCUGAUCAACGGAGACCUGCUGGAGGAGCUGUCCAACAUCCACGAGCUCUACGAGAAGAUGAAGACGUCCGUCUCUUUGCCGUCGGAAAAGUCCGUGAACAUGAUCCACAGAAGCUUCGUCCCUCAGCUGCGCGGCUCGGUCCUGGAUUUCCACAAGUGGCAGCAGAACAAGGAUGAAACAGACCUGGAUGAAGACUGUGGGGAGGGAACCUCGUCUCAGCAGGAGUGCUCCAACAGAGCCGGCCUCAUCGCCUCCAUCAAAUCGAAAGCUUACGGAGAGGCCGCCGAGGCGUCCAAGUCGCGUCGGCACCGGCAGGUGGAGGUGGAUCCGACCAGCAACGAGUCCGGCCCGUCCAACGCACCGGGUCGGUCCAGGAAAACCAAACCGUCAUUCAAAGCCAGAACCAAGGAGAAAUUCCACUUCUCAGGUGACCAGUUGAAAGCUUCCUCAUCGACCACUAUGAUCAGUCAUCUCACCAGUCUGGACCCAGUGGCUGCAGAAAAUGUAAAAUAUUUUAAAAGAUUCCCGUCGAAAUGAAGGAGAAUCGACCGGAGACACUGAAGAGAGAUUUUAUUUAAGAACACACUUGAAAAUGAUUUUACAUUUAAAUGUUUUUUACUUUUUCUGUUUUAAUGGUUUUUCAAUGACACACAAACUGGUCUGAGGGAGGAAAACUUCUCAUGUUGCAGAAAGUGAAGAAAAUAAGAACAGAAAUGUGUUCGUUUUUAAAAUCAAAAGGUUUGUGGAAAAUACACUGUUCAUGUUCAGUUUUAUUUCUGGUGUAAAAUGUUUUAUUACAUUUCAGUAUUUUGUAUAAAAAAACAUUUCUAACAGUAUUUUGUUCACUGGAUGUUCUCAUCUCAUCAUCCCAUCGUCAUCCGCUUAUCCGGGGUCGGGUCGCGGGGGGAGCAGCUCAAGCAGGGGGCCCCAGACUUCCCUUUCCCGGGCCACAUUGACCAGCUCUGACGGGGGGAUCCCGAGGCGUUCCCAGGCCAGUGUUGAGAUAUAAUCUCUCCACCUAGUCCUGGGUCUUCCCCGAGGUCUCCUCCCCACUGGACGUGCCUGAAACACCUCCCAAGGGAGGCGCCCAGUGGGCAUCCUUACCAGAUGCCCGAAACCACCUCAGCUGACUCCUUUCUAAGUAAAGGAGCAGCGGCUCUAAUCCGAGUCCCUCACGGAUGACUGAGCUUCUCACCCUACUCUGGAUGUUUGACAAACUAAAUGGAGUCAAGAACUUA